AUGUCAUCGGAAAUUUGAUGGCCGUGCGGAGUAGUAAGGAUCUAGUGUAUAUAAUUAUUUAAUUAGUUUUCAGUUGGAUAUUAUAUAUAAUUACAUAUUCAAUGUGUAUGAGAAGUAAAAAUAAUUUACGAAAAUGUUGAACAUAAUGGCAAUUUAAUACAAUUAUUUUGCACAAUUGCUAUUGUAAAACUUGUGGGUUGUAUGAACACAAUUCUCAAAAAUAACUUGCUAAAUUUUGUGUAGGGAUUUUACCUAUAUCAUCAUGUCUAGAAGAAAACCUCCCCCACCUGGAUUCAGUUUUAAACCACAAGAAGAACAAGUAGAUGUGACUCCUCCAAGAAAUUUGGAUAAACAAACAACAAUAACAGUUGAUGACAGGACAUUCACAGUACAUGCAGAUGAUCUAGUGAAAAUUUGUGACCUUGGUCGUGGAGCAUAUGGCAUAGUUGAGAAGAUGCACCACAAGCCUAGUGACACCACAAUGGCAGUAAAAAGAAUCACAGCAUCAUUCAAUAGCCAGUCCUUAGAGCUCAAGCGUUUGCUUAUGGAUUUAGAUGUGUCAAUGAGAGCCAGUGCAUGCCCCUACACUGUACAUUUCUAUGGUGCAAUGUUCAGAGAAGGUGAUGUCUGGAUUUGCAUGGAAGUUAUGGAUACAAGCCUGGACAAAUUCUACACCAAAGUGUACAAAAAUAACAAAACAAUUGCUGAAAAUAUCUUAGGAAAAAUUGCUUUUUCUGUAGUCAGUGCCUUGCAUUAUUUGUACCUUCAGUUAAGAGUCAUACACAGAGAUGUCAAACCCUCAAAUAUACUAAUAAAUAGGAUGGGAGAGGUAAAGAUGUGUGAUUUUGGUAUAUCAGGGUACUUAGUUGAUUCUAUUGCAAAAACCAUUGAUGCAGGAUGUAAGCCAUAUAUGGCACCAGAGAGAAUUGAUCCCCAUGGCAAUCCUGGUCAAUAUGAUAUCCGCAGCGAUGUCUGGUCACUUGGAAUUUCCAUGAUUGAAUUAGCAACAGGAACAUUUCCAUACAACAGUUGGGGCACUCCAUUUGAACAGUUAAAACAGGUUGUGAAGGAUGAUGCACCCAGACUACCAAGUGGCUUGUUCACAGCGGAAUUUGAAGAUUUCAUAACAAAGUGUCUUCAAAAAGAUUAUAAGAAUAGACCCAAUUACGAUGCUCUAUUAGCACAUCCUUUCUGCCAGGAACAUAGUCAGAGAGUAACAGAUGUGGCUUCUUUUGUACAAGAAAUCCUUGAUAUACCCGAUGACUCCUAGUAAUAGGUUGCUGCAGCCUAGCGAAACUCUAAGAAAAAAGUGAUUCACUCGAUUAUAUGAAACAUGCAAUCAUUGAUAUAUUGACAGAUGAUGCUAGAUUAUACUUCAUCGCCCAAUUGUAAUUACUACUUCAAACUUACAUCAAAUAACUGCAUGUUUCAUAUGAAACUCAAUUUCAAUUUUUACUUAGUCCCGCCUCUAAUUACGUAGAAUUUACAUCCUCUCUGGAUUGUUGUUCUAAACUACCUUACAGUACAAGUAAUACAAAAUGGUAACAAUGUACUAUAAUUGUGUAUCCCUGGCAUGAGGUCUUUGUAUUGAAGAAUAAGUCGUCAGCUAAAAGUAAUAUUUUUUAUUAGGUUCAUUCGUAAAAAUUGUCACCAUAUUUAGUAUAGGUCCUCAAUAAAUCUUAAAACGUUGGCAUGAAUUAUGUACAGUUUUAGUACUUGAAAUAUAAAUAUGUUUCCAAAUGCUAUAACUAUUUGUUCCAGGACUGGCAAUAACACUAGGUUAAGAGAUUCUGCCAUAAUGUUGUUGUGGUAACACAAAACUAUGACGUAAAGAAAUUAGUUUAAGGUAACAUGGUCUAAAAACCCUUUUAUUUUGUUAUGAAUAUGACUGCUAUAAGGAUAGCAAUAAUGUUAUACAUCACAAGUUAUUUAGUAGAAAUAAAAUCAGUUGUUUAAAAUA